AUAGUAAUAUAAAGACAGCCCAAAUUCUGCCGAUCAUUGAUCAAAAACACCGUACUCCUCCUUGACGUCCAUGGUUUUUCUUCGUACGAAUUUGAAGCUAUAAAACUCUGCGUCAGCCAACUCAACGAUAACGUUCAAUUCCAACGUUUCUUCGAUUUUCUCAAUCCACGAUAAAACCCUCUCAUCAUUUCAACAUUCAAGCUUCAAAAGAUACUUACAUUUAUAAAAGUGUUGCGAAAGGAAGACAUAUGCUAUAAAGACUUGAGGUAAGAAGUAUAUUACAGCUUAAUAAUUUCAUUCCUGAUUCUUCCCCUCAGAAUAUAUUUGGUAUGCGGAUAGGAAGGAAUGGAACAGUUUAUUUCUUCUGUUCUCCUUGGUUGUACCUUCUUAAUUGAAUCAAAAUGUCCAGUUAUUUUUUUUAUACUUUGCACCCAAUGUUGAAUCCUGUUUUAGUUCUAAAAUAAUAAAAUGUACCAGAUAUAGACUGGAACCCACAUUUUUCAUUUCAUAUUGGCGUAUCUUGUGUACCAAGCACCAACUUUACUUUAGUAUAGUUCAUUCAGUUGAAAUUGAGAUAGUUAAAGUCAUUUAGGAGAACGUUCGUCUGCUGCUUGGACUUUUUGUCAUUAGUCUUGUGUGUAUGUUAUUAAAAUGAGAUUUUGUUUUGUGGAUAUUUUUUGUUUUUGUUUGAGGUGCUAUACUAUAUGGAGCAAUGAUAUAUUAGUGAUAUAAGAAUGAGGAUCUAGUCCUGUAUAAAGCAGAUAUACAUAUCAUGUAAUUUAAUCCAGCUUUUUUGAGAUUUAUCAUGUUGAUGGAAGUUAAGGAUUUAUAAUUUUUUAAGGUGUCCAUUUUAAGUAGCUUUGUACGAGAAUAGUGGUGCUGAUACUGUUAGAUACUUAUACAAAUUUUGACAUUUAUGUGGUCUUCUAAUCUUUGGAAAUAGUAUAUAUGGCGAAUAUAUUUAGUGUGUUAAUUGAGUUUGACUUUUCUAUUAUUACUUUGACCAUUCAGAUACUUUUUCCAAUUGUUCUCUUGUUAUUUAGAUCUAUCCUUUAUGUGCUUCUGUUCUGCAAUUUUGUCAUGCACCAAUCUCUGGUCUGUAUUUUUUAAUUGAAGGAUGUUUUGGAACUAGUGCAAUGGCGACAUCUAGUAAGUUUGAUCCAUCUUCCAGUAGCCCAGAUAGACCACUGUACACUGCACAGCGUGGAUCCAACAUAGCUGCUUCAUUAGAUAGGUCAGGUAGUUUUCGAGAAUGCGUGGAAAAUCCAAUUCUGUCUUCUCUGCCCAACAUGUUGAGAAGUAGUUCUCCAGCAACACACGGGGAUGUGGAGAGCUUCUUCAAUUAUGUGCAUUUUGAUCAAAAGUUGCUAGUACUAGAUCAAAAGUCUAAUCGUCACAUGGAUUAUAAGCGACAUGUUAAUGCUGCUCUUGGAAUUUCACCUGAUGAAUCUCCAUCUAGUUCCGCAAAAGGAAAGCUACUGCCAUCCCCAGUACCAGAAGAUGUAAAGCGUAUGAGGGAAAAUUUGUAUUCAAGCACUGUGAAGGCGAGGGAACGUGUGAAAAUGUUCAAUGAGGCCUUAUCUGUAUUCAAUGAAGUUUUCCCAACUGUAAAUGUGAAGAAGAGAUCUCGAGUUGAAGGGUUUUCCAGUGAUCGUUCUAGUGUCUUGUUAAAUGACCGCUCGGUCUCGGGGCCAAGCAUGGGUAAGGUUGGCGUUCAAGGUCAUCCUGUCACUGGUGGUUUUGAACUAGAUCAGCAAAAAUUGGAAGAAAGGACCAAAAAUCUUGGUCCAAACAAGCGCCCUCGAACUUCUAUGGCUGAUUUAAAGAUGGAUGUACGUACCAAUUCUCUUGUCAGACCACCUGGGACUGUUGAUAGAGAUAAGGAAAAGCUACGGAUUGCCAAUAAUGGUGUAGUUCAGAGCGAAGAACGAAGCUUACCUAUUGUAGGUGAUGGUUGGGAAACGUCAAAAAUGAAGAAGAAGAAGCGUUCAUGCAUCAAACUAGACGUUUCUCCAAGUACUGCAUUGAAUAAACCUGUUAAUGGUUUCCAGGAAACAAAACAAGGAAUGCAACAACGACUUACUUCUGAUUCUCGGUCGAAAUUGAGUAACGAUUCUAAUUCUUUUAGGCUGGGAGUUUCUAAUGGAACUGUUGCAGCUGGCAAAUCAGAUGGAAUCUCUCAACAGACUGGGUUGGGUAUACGUACCCCUAUCCAAAGAAACGGACAAGAUAAUAAUUCCCUUGUCAGCGAUAAGCGGGGUCGUUCUGUUAGUUCAGACAAGGAGAGGGUGACCUUCAGAGCUGUUAACAAGGCAACAGUUCGUGAUGAGUUCAAUUCAUCUAGCCCUACCUCAAGUACUAAAAUGAGUACUGCUAUUCGGGCUCCACGGUCAAGUUCAGGAGUUGCCCCCAAGAUGUCACCAGUUGUCCAUAGAACAGCUGUUCCUAAUGAUUGGGAGCUUUCUCAUUGCGCCACAAAGCCCCCAGCUGGUGUUAACAGUACUAACAAUCGCAAACGUGCGGCAUCGGCACGGUCAUCUUCCCCGCCUGUUGUUCCAUGGCAGAGGCCACAAAAGAGCUCUCGGACUGCGAGAAGAACAAGUUUCGUGCCUGUUGUUUCGAGUAAUGAUGAGGCCCCUGCCUUGGAUGCUGUUUCUGAUGUUGCUGGUAAUGAUAUUGGGAUAGGAUUUGUGAGACGCUCAGCUGGCAGUUCUCCUCAGCAAAUCAAAUUAAAAGGUGAACCGUCUCCUUCAGCAGGUUUAUCUGAAAGUGAAGAGUCUGGGCUGGCUGAGGUUAAACCUAAAGAAAAGGGUAGGAAACCAGAAGAGAUAGAUCUGAAACCUGGACAAAAUGUUCCAAAGGUCUCUAACUUUGUCACUAGAAAGAGUAAGCUUGUUUCUGGGGAAGAACUUGGUGAUGGUGUUCGGAGGCAAGGCAGGACGGGGCGCAGUUUCAAUGCCACAAGGUCACUGACACCAAUGACAUCUGAAAAGCUUGGAAAUAUAGGAACUGCGAAACAAUUAAGAAGUGCAAGACUAGGGUGUGAUAAGAAUGAAAGCAAGGUGGGUCGUCCACCAACAAGGAAACUUUCUGAUCGUAAGGCCUAUGCUCGUCAAAAGCCUACUUCCAUCAGUGCAGCAGCAGAUUAUUUUGUUGGGUCAGAAGAUGGACACGGAGAGCUAUUGGCUGCUGUAAAGGGUGUUAUCAACUCUGCCUAUUCCUUCUCCAGCCCCUUUUGGAAGCAGAUGGAACCUUUCUUCAGUUUGAUAUCUGAGGAAGAUAUUACUUACUGGAAGCAGAAGGUAACUCUUGAAUCAAGCACUCUGACGCCAACUCCAGUUCCUUCAAAUAUAGAUGGUUGUGAAACCAUUGUUAAUAGAUAUGGAUUGAUUGACUGCGAAAGAAAUGUCAGGUCUGAUGUUCAACGUAGUGCUGGUACUAAUUCAGAAAAGUUACCACUGCCCAAGGGAAGUCAUAACAUGGUACCUCUCUGUCAACGGCUUAUAGCUGCUUUGAUAUCAGAGGAAGAUCGUAGUGGUGGAAAUGAAGAUUUCAAGUUUGAUGCAUAUGAUACUGAAUCUGAGCCUGAUGGAGAAUUAGAAUUGAGUGAUUUAGAUUGCCGCUCACUAACUAAUUUUCAGUUUGCUCGUCAUUCUGCUUAUAAUGGUUAUGGGGUUAUUGGGAUGCCGGCACAUGAUGAAACUGAAAGUGAUAUGAUUGAUAUUCCUAAUUUUGGGUUGAAUCCAAGCUUUGGCAACUCGGUAAAUGGUUUUCUUCAUGAUAAAGCAUUAAUGUCUGGCUUGGCUUGUUCAGAGUUGCAAUACAAUAGCAUGGGUAUAAAUGAUAAGCUUCUAUUGGAGCUUCAAAGUAUUGGACUUGACCUAGAACCAGUGCCUGAAAUGGUGCAAGAAGAUGAUGAAGCCAUAUUGGAGGAUAUUACUAGGUUAGAUGAGCUUCACCAUGAACAGGUUUCCAAGAAGAAAAACUUGCUAGAUGGAUUGUUGAAAUCUGUGUCAGCAGCAAAAGAACUUCAGGAGAAGGAUUUUGAUCAACGUGCUCUAGAUCAACUUGUUGUGACAGCUUAUGAGAAAUACACGGCUUGUCGGGGUUCUAGUGCCUCGGGUGGGAAAAAUUCAAGCAACAACAAAAUGGUCAAGCAAGCUGCAUCGGCAUUUGUUAAAUGGACGUUGGAACAAUACCACCAAUUUGAAGAUACAGGCAAGAGCUGUUUCAGUGAGCCUUUAUUCAAGGAUAUGUUCCUUACUGCUUCUUCCCAGCAUAGUAUUGUUCGGCAUUCAGAUGGAUUGGAGGCUGAUUCCAGAAAACCAUAUACCUCUUCCCUGUCUCUGAAAGCAACAACAGCUUCCAUGGGUUCACAGCAGAGCCCGUCACAAUUUUGUCAGAAUAUGGAUAAUCUUGAUCUCACUUCAUCAGAUAUGCUUCCUGCUUUAAAUCAUUCAUCUGAACAAACCACUGGCAAGGAAGAUUUGUGGUCAAACAGGGUGAAGAAGAGAGAAUUGUUCCUCGAUGAUGUCGGGGGUACUCAAGGUAAUUCAAGUGCUCCGGGCAUAGGAAGUUCUUUAACAAGCAGUGCAAAAGGAAAGAGGAGCGAGAGGGACAGAGAUGGAAAGGGGAAUGGCAGAGAGGUACUAUCCAGAAAUGGAACUACGAAAGCUGGUAGGCAAGCAUCAUCCAGUGCGAAAGGAGAAAGAAAAGCCAAAACAAAGCCUAAGCAGAAAGCAACUCAGCAUUCUGUUUCUGUAAAUGGCCUCCUUGGCAAGUUGUCAGAGCAACCAAAACCGGCAUUGCCUUCUGUUUCAAAACCUGUCGAAAAGCCUAGUAAUAGAAAUGCCAAGGAAAAGGAUGAGUUUUUGGGUGGAUUUGAUGAGCCAAUUGAUUUGUCCAACCUGCAGCUGCCUGGGAUGGAUGUGCUCGGCGAUCCUGGUGACCUUGCUGACCAAGGUCAAGAUAUUGGUUCAUGGUUGAAUAUUGAUGAUGAUGUAUUACAAGAUCAUGAUGACUUCAUGGGCCUUGAAAUUCCCAUGGAUGACCUUUCAGACUUGAAUAUGAUGGUUUGAAGCUGCUUUCUUUGUAUAGAGUUCAUUAUUAUACCAAUAACAAAGGAAACAAAGUACUCUGAAGAAAUAACCAGUUACAUAGGAUGGUUUUAUGGCUAAUUCUGUCUACAAUUAGGUUAUAUAGAUUCUUUGGUAAAUUAUUCUCUCCUAAGUUGUUGUCGAGUGAUGUUUUCAGCUGUUCGGAUUUUGCUCGUGUUCAAGUUUGUGAUUUCCGCUGUAAAGAUCUUUUUGUUCGAGGUAGAAGUUAGUAUUCCUAGUGAUUAUAUGUUAGAAAACAUUAUUCUGGUUGUAGCUCUUUCAAAUCAGAGAACAAGGCCUUAUGUACAUACAUUUAAUUUUUAUAAUAAAAUCAGCAUUUUUGUAUGCCGAAA